GACAAUUGUGCCCAGUUGUCUUCACUCUUCGGUCUCGAAGGGCAUCUUUGAGAAGUCAAAUAACAAACCGAGCAGUUCCAUUUAAAACGCGUUGACACAACUUCCAGACAUUGGAGGAUGGUAGUUAGCGAAGUGAACAGGCUUUUCCGUAUAUAAAACUCAAAAAACGGAUUGGGAGGAAAACCGACUUGACUGUUGAUAUCCUCGAACAAAUUAAAAAAAAAAUGCUUCUCUCCUGUUGAUCCUUGCCUUUGAUGUCAAAAAGUUGUCAUCAGGGCUUCAUUCACGAUCACAGAUAACAUUGAAGGACAUGACAUUUGAAGAUCCAUUUUUUGUCGUCAAGGAGGAAGUUGCAAAAGCAUUAAACAAAACAAGAGGACUGUUCAGGCGUUGGCUUGAAUUGCAGGAGGAUAUUCGGAGUAAUAUAUCAAAAGACGAGUUAGAGUGGACGACAACAGAACUAAGAAACGCACUGAGGAGUAUUGAUUGGGAUUUAGAAGAUCUCGAUGACACCAUCAGUAUUGUUGAGAAAAACCCCUCCAAGUUUAAGAUCGACAAUAAAGAACUGACAAGUCGAAGGAAUUUUAUCGAACUCACUAGGGAUGAAGUCAAGCAUAUGAAAGACAAGAUGAAUUACAGCCGAGGAAGGGAUCGGGACAGAACUGCAAGACAGCCCCUUUUGGACAACAGUCCUGUGCGUGCAGCCACGAGUCAUGGCACGACCAAAUAUUCAAAACUUGAGAAUGAGAUCGAUUCGCCCAACAGGCACUUUUUGGAUUCAGCCGUGUCUCAGCAGAAUCACUUGCUCCAGACACAGGACGACCAGCUAGACAUGAUCUCACAUUCGCUUGGCUCCCUUAAGACAGUUUCAAGGCAGAUUGGAAGCGAGCUUGAUGAACAGGCUGUGAUGUUAGAUGAAUUUGGUUCAGAGCUUGAUAACACUGAUUCCAAACUUGAUUCUACGAUGAAAAAAGUGGCCAAAGUUUUACAUAUAUCCAAUGAUAGGAGACAGUGGAUUGCGAUCGGUGUACUUACUUGUCUUCUUAUCUUGGUGAUCGUACUGUUCAACCUGCUAUAAAUUUUGGUAAAUUGAAAAAAAGUCACAAAUCUUAUAUCGUAAUAGAUGUACUAAAAUUUUAAUCUUGAAUGAUAAAUUGUCCUUUUAAUUAUGACCAGUAUUAUAUGGUUGAUGUCCUUGCUUUCUCGAAUAUUAAAAAAAGGAUUGGGUUUUGUGCAAUAUCCAUAUAUGUUUGUGUGUGUGUAUAUAUGACAAAAAAACAAGCUAGUCAAGUGGUGUUCCUUAAAAAAAAAAGCUCUAAAAGUCUUACUGAUCUAUUAUGAAUUGUAAUUAUUGCAAUGCGGCUUGCCUAGUGUGUUUGAGUAUUUUUGUGCGUUUGAAAUUUUUUUAAGAGUAAGAGAAUAUCAAGUAUGUAGUUUGGGUUAGUAAUGUAUUUGUUAGCAUUAUUGUUAAGUAAAUGUAUUAGAAAAAUUGUGGCUAUAAGCUCUCACAUUUGUAUAAUUAAAUUCUUUUUUAAAAAAUGACGGUCACAGAAGGAAAACAUUUUUGUUUCACGAAUGUGUUUAACCGUAAACAAUGCCGUUUCUAUAUGUGUACAUUGACAUUUCUUUUCAGGCACAUUGUCUUGAUCAAACAUUCUUUAUAACAAUAAAAGUUCAAAAAAUUCAGUUUAACAGUUAUUCUGCACAUAAUGACUCAAAUAGCAAAGCAUAUUGUAAACUGAAAGUAAAAUUAAUUGAUUGUCCAAUACAUACGUUUCUAAAUUUAAAAUCUUUGAGUGAAAAAAUAUUUCACAAGACAAGAAAUUUUUUUGUUGCUCAUAAUAUUUAUGAAGUUUUAUUUUGUUAAACAGCUAUUUUCUAAGUUAUUGUUAUGAAAUAGGGAUUCACUGUUGAAAAUAAUAGUUUUUUCCUGGUUUUUGUAUCUCAGAAACUAAUACAAUAGUUAUAAGUAAACCCUGGAUUUAUAAGCAAUAAAAAUCCUCAAAUAUGCACUAAUAAAAACACAAAUAUGCACUAUUAUAAGCACUAAAAAAUCCUUCAAAUAUGCAAUAUAAUUUGCACUAAAAAUAUUAAAACAGCAGCAUAAAUGUCAGAGACGUAACAAUUUUUUUUUUUUUAACCUAGGCAUAUUUUUUCUCUUUAGUCUAGUACAUAUUUAUUUUAUAUUAUUUUGAA